GGCGGCGGCGGCAGCGGCGGCUGGGCUCGUCCCGGGGCCCAACCAGGGGUGUGGAGGCGGGAAAGCGAGAGGAUGAAGAGCCCGGCGCGGUGGCGCUGCUGCUGCUGCAACCCGGGGAGCGGCCCCAGUUGUGUCCCACGAGGCCGGGCCGCUCGCUAGUCCGUGCUGGAGGCGGCGCAGGGCGGCCCAGGCGCCGCGGCCGGAGAGCAGCUGCUGGAAGGGGAGCGCUUGCCGCCCAGGCUCCGGCCCGGGAGCGGCAGGAGUGGCGGCAGGGCCAUGCCGUGGCUGAGCGGAGGGCGGCGGCGGCGCCAGCAACAACAGCCACCACAGCAGCAGCCGCCACCGCCGCAGCAACAGGCUCCUGCCGCUAUGGGGCAAGGGAUGGGGCAGCCGGCUGCCGGAGGCGUCGUCGGGCCGCCGCGUGGCCGGGAGAACUCGGAGCUGCCUUUGCCCGCCGGUUGGGAGGAGGCCAGGGACUACGACGGGCGCGUCUUCUACAUCGACCACAACACCCGGCAGACGUCGUGGAUCGACCCCCGGGACAGGAUUACGAAGCCAUUGACAUUUGCUGACUGUGUUGGCGAUGAACUGCCUUUAGGAUGGGAAACUGUUUAUGAUCAACAGAUUGGUGUUUAUUACAUGGACCAUAUCAAUCAACUCACACAGAUUGAGGACCCAAGAGAGCAGUGGAGAAGAGAGCAGGAGCGCAUGUUGAAGGAAUAUUUAAUUGUUGCCCAGGAAGCACUUAAUGCCAAAAAAGAAAUCUACCAAAUUAAGCAGCAGCGUUUUGAGCUAGCACAAGAAGAGUAUCAGCAGCUGCAUAAAAUGUGUGAGGAUGACAGUCGCUCUUAUGCCAGCUCAUUCUCUGGAUUUUCAACCAAUACCAAAUACGACCCAUGUCAGAUUAAAGCAGAAAUAGCAAGUAGGCGUGACAGACUUUCUAGGUUGAAGCGGGAAUUAACGCAGAUGAAGCAAGAACUACAGUACAAAGAGAGAGGCGUAGAGACACUACAAGAGAUUGACCGUAAGAUGUCAAAUGCCCAUAUGAAUUACAAAUUGGAUGAAGCCCAAGCAAUAAUGAAUGAGCUUCGAAGCAUCAGGAAGGCUAUUUGUAUGGGUGAGAGAGAGAGGCAAGACUUGAUGCAGAGUCUGGCCAAGCUGACAGAUGGAUUCAGGAAUAGCUGUUGUAUUACAGAAUCUCUGCAGGAUCUUCAUCAUAAUUCUAGCCCACUUAGUGACUCCAGUUUACCUCAACACUACUCUGAUGCUUGUUCUCAAACUGAUAUCAUUGGAGAGGAAUGGGCAACUCUCUCCAGCAUGAAGUUUGGAUUUGAUGACAAAAGACGUGCUGACAAAAUAAAAUUGAGCUGGCAAUAUGAAGAGGCCAGAAAGAAGGUUUUCAGUAUCCAGCAACAGUUGGCUCUCCAUGAUCAUGAGUCUUGGCCAGGGAUGGUGGAAGCGGACAGAGACCACUUUCAGCUCAUCAAAGAGAAAGAAGCUCUUCUACAAGAACUGCAGGUCAUAAGCCAGCAGCAGAGGUCCCCGGAAGAUAUCGAUCGUUUAGAGGAGGAAAAGAGGAGGUUGGAGGAUGAAAUCCAGCAGGCUCGGGCCACUUCUUCUCAUGGUGCAGCCGAAAGGAUACUGUUACAAGAAAAGAAGAACUGUCUGCUCAUGCAGUUGGAAGAAGCAACUCGUUUAACAUCCUAUUUAUGCUCGCAGUUGAAGAGCUUGUCUGCCAGCACACUAACAAUAUCAUCUGGAAGUAGUCGGGGGUCAUUGGCAUCGAGCCGUGGAUCUUUGGCAUCCAGCAGGGGCUCUCUCAGUUCUGUCAGCUUCACAGACAUCUAUGGUGUUCCUCAAUAUGAGAAAUCGGACAGUGCUACAGAGUAUGGGCAGCUUAUGCGAUAUGAUCCAGUUCCUGUUGAUUCUCACAGUAAAGAUGUACAGUAUAUUGAAACUAUUGGACAUUCUAGCUGCAAUAAGCAAAGAAGAUCAUUGGAUACACCUUUAUCUUUAGCAUCUCUGUCCUCACGGUCUUCUCUGUCCUCACUAUCGCCACCAAGUUCCCCCCUGGAUACCCCCUUCCUACCUCCUUCCCGGGAUUCUCCAUUGGCCCAGCGGUCAGAAGGAUAUGAGGAAAUGAUGGGAACAGGUGCCUUAGAAAUGCUCAGAGCUCAGGCUUCUAUUUUGGGUGAAGACAAAGCACAAGAAACUGUUUCAUCCAAGGCUCUUGAAUAUUCUACAGGCAGUGAAGGACUUCGAGAAGCAGGACUGCAACUGACAAAUGUUCCAACCUCUGGAGCUGUGACCCUCCGUGAAGAUAGUGCUAGAAGGUCAGAGAGGAGAGCCAGGCGAGUCUCAGCAUGUCUGUCCAAUUAUUCACUGGCUAGUGACAGUGGCGUGUUUGAAGCUUUAAGCAAAAGGAAUGAGGAUAUUGAAGAAUCACUUUACAGUGAUGCUGUCAGCAAUGAAGAGCCCAAAAUGCAAGUUGGAUUUCUGCAUGACAGUGCGACUGAGUGUCUCCUGGUCCAUGUGUUGCAGCUGAAGAACUUCACAGGCUUUGCUGUGAAAGAAGGAUGUAAAAUACAUGUGAGGAUAUACUUACCAUCUCUUGAGUCGGGCACAUCAACCACUUAUUGCUCCAGAGCUUUGGAAUUCCAAACUCCCUUAGUGUUGAAUGAAGUCUUCCAGAUUCCUGUACAUUCAAAUAUUUUGAAGCUGAAAUCACUACAGCUUUAUAUCUGUUCGGUUGGCCAUCACCAGCAAGAAGAAUUGUUGGGCAUUGCUCAGAUUAGCCUAGCUGACUAUGAGAGCUCCAGUGAGAUGCAACUUCACUGGUACCCCAUCCAGAUAUUCACUGGUUCAGAUUGUGAGCAGACGAAAGACAGACCAAAAUGUGAAGAAAGUGCUUCUCAGAAUUUCGAAAACAAAGCUACAAUGAAAAUGGAUGCUGUGACUGCCCUUUUAGCUAGGACCACAGCUCAACUGGAAGCUGUGGAGAGAGAAUUAGCAGAGGAGAGAGUAAAACUGGAGUACACAGAAGAGGAAAUUCUAGAGAUGGAGCAAAAAGAAGAUCAACUAGAAGCUGUGUCAGAGAGAAGUUGGCAAGCAGAAUCAGUUGACAGUGGAUGUAGUAAUUGUAUGCAGACUAGUCCUCACCCAGAGUCUUACUGCAGUGAAUCAUUACACAGUCAUAUGCUUGCACCUCAAACAGAUCAAUGUACGUCUAAAAAUGUCCCGCCUCCACCUCUAAAGGCAAAUAAGGAGACCAACACAGAAGAAACAGCUUUGCUUCAUAAAAACAGAACUGGCCGUCGAUCCCGUGGGUCUGCUUUUGUUCGUAGUAGCACUAUCGUUCGCUCACAGACAUUCUCACCUGGUGCACGAAGUCAGUAUGUUUGCCGACUAUAUCGUAGUGACAGUGACAGUUCUACUCUGCCAAGAAAGUCUCCAUUUAUCCGAAAUACUUUGGAAAGACGUACGCUGCGUUAUAAGCAGCAAUCCUGUAGAUCAUCUUUGGCUGACCUUAUGGAGAGGACGUCACUAGACCUGGAGCUGGAUCUCCAGGCAUCCAGAACAAGGCAGAGGCAGUUGAACGAGGAAUUAUCUAUCUUAAGAGAGUUGCGGCAGCGCCUGGAGGAUGCCCAGCUUAGAGGUCAAACUGAUCUGCCUCAUUGGGUGCUUCGGGAUGAACGAUUUCGAAACUUGCUGAAGGAAGCGGAGAGGCAGACAAGACAGACCAAAUUUGAACAUCGUCAACAACAAGCAGCAGAAAAAUUGCUUAAAAAGGCAUCCAAAGAAGUUUACCAGCUACGUGGUCAAAACCAGAAGGAGCCUAUUCAGGUUCAGACCUUCCGGGAGAAAAUAGCGUUCUUCACAAGGCCAAGGAUCAACAUACCUCCUCUGCCGGCUGAUGAUGUAUGACAUGUUACUUUGUAAACAUGAAGUAUUUAUCUGCCUGUUUAAAAUGAAGUUAUUAAACUAGUUAAGUUUAUUUUUUAAAAUCGUUGUGCAAAGACUAUUAAUAUACACAUUUUGUAAAAUAAUAAUAAUAAAGUAAACAAAAACAUAUAUAAAUAUAUACGUCUAUAUAUAUAUUAUAAUAGUGACUGCAGCAAGGCUUGGUUUUUCCUUGUUGUGAAAUUGACAUCUCGGAAGACAACUUAUUUUAUAUUAAAAAAAAAUCAACUAUCCUGUUAGAGUUAUGUACUGUUUUUAUGCUGUUUUAUUUGACUUAAAAGGCUGGAAGACAGAAACAAAGUGAGUUCAGGCAAAUUCACUGUAUUGUAAUUUAUUUAUAGUAACUCAUUUUCCUUGAAGGAAAAUAUUUACUUUAAUAUGUAUUUUUUAAAAAACAGAAAUUUUGUUACUCAGUAUUUGUCAUACAGUAGAAUGGAACCAUUGAGCUGGUUUUGUUUCUGAUAGCUGAAAUGAAAAUACUAUGUUCUAAAUUUGUCACUUUUUAAUCAGCUUUACUGUCUGCAUCUUAUAAUGUAUCGUGUUUUUCUGGCACUGUUUUGAUAUCAAAAUAUCACCUGCAAUGUUAUCUUUUUUCUUUUUAAAAAAAGAAUAAGUUAAAAUGCCAUUAAACAUUGCUGGGUGAAACUGCAUGUUCUUACUGUGCACUACUAGAUUGUUCUCAUUUCAGUUGUGUCAAGUAUGUCUCUUAUAAUUUUAACUAGUUUUUCUGUUUAACGAGGGAAGGAAGAAGGUGACAGGUCUCUCUAGCUAUUAUUUUAGGAAAGGCACUUGUGAGUUUUCCAUAUUAAUCAGCAGUGUAGGAUUUGGACACUUCUACUAUUUGACUGUCCCAGAAAGUGGUUAGGACCUCAUUUAGGAAACUUUCCCAGCUAUCAUAGGACUAUCAGUUCAUUAUAUUUCCUCAUAAAUCUUACAUUUACAACUUCAUUUUCUUUAAUUAUAACGAUACCUUAAUGUGUGACUCAAAAAAACUUAAUGCCAUACUGCUUUUAAUGCUACAUACAGAGAAGGUGGUGCUGUGGGUUAAACCACAGAGCCUAGGGCUUGCUGAUCAGAAGGUUGGCGGUUCAAAUCCCUGCGACGGGGUGAGCUCCCGUUGCUCGGUCCCAGCUCCUGCCAACCUAGCAGUUUGAAAGCACGUCAAAGUGCAAGUAGAUAAAUAGGUACCGCUACAGCGCGAAGGUAAACGGCGUUUCUGUGUGCUGCUCUCGUUCACCAGAAGUGGCUUACUCAUGCUGGCCACAUGACCUGGAAGCUGUACGCUGGCUCCCUCGGCCAAUAAAGCGAGAUGAGCACCGCAACCCCAGAGUUGGUCACGACUGGACCUAAUGGUCAGGGGUCCCUUUACCAUUAUAUUUACAGAGGAGGUGCCAUGGAUCACCUGAUCAAAUACCAGCUUAAGUUUGCGGAAGCAUCAUAACAGUGAUGCAAGUUUUGCCUAUGGUUCACUCAAGGCUUUGUCUACUUUUGUAGUAAAAAAGCCUAAUUGUGUACAUGCCUAGAACUUCUUUUGGUUUCUGAACUAUUAGCAGACAUUACCUCUUUUAACCCAUCACUUUCCAUGAAUGCUGCAGACUUCACCAGUGAUUCUUCACGUUUCCACAUGAGCUGCUAUGCAAAAUUCAACUAUGUGGCAUCGUCUUGCUAUAUUAGAAAUACAGUAUUCCUCAAAAAAAGCUACUGUCCAGAUAGUAGUACAUUUUGUGGUAUGAUUUCAAAUCUGUGCUAAUUCUUUGUUUUUGUUCAUCUCUAUUCCCUCCCCCACUUUAAUUAUUCAAAUUGUUGAGUAAAACUAUUUUCAGUUGCAUUCCUAACCUCCAUAGCACUAGCAAUCUCUUCUGACCUCAUAUUACAUGUACAGUUUAAUACAUUUUCCUUAUCCCAUUGCUAAAGUGGUUGAAUGGCAUAAGCUUUUGCAUCAAACAUAGAUUGUUCUCCUGAAUUUGGUAAGAUCUGCUAAAGCAGUUUGUUGCCCUGUUAAACAUUUUUUUUCCCAUUUGUGUUCUAUAGCUUUGAAGACGUUCACUUGGGCUUUAGGAGAACUUGUAGUUUUUGUUAACAUUGCUGGACUGUCACCUUAAAUUCCCGAGAGUGCCACUUCUUGUGUCUUGCAAAUGUAUGAAAAUGACUUUAUUAUGCUAUUGUAUUCAACUUCAGUUACCCAAAGAAUUAUGUCCCACAAAAUGGGAGCCUAUAUUUUGGGGACAUCAAGAAAUGAACACCAUUUUUAUAUGGGAUACUGUCAAGUCAAACUUUGGUGUUAGUUGAAAAUCAAAAAAUGCCUUAGGGUAACCUGAUACCAAAGAAAGUUGUUAAGCUAAAAACAAGUCAGCUUGGAACUCAAGCAUUGUGUUAAGCUCACGAGAACCUAACCAUUAAAUUGUUUUUCAUACAAUUUAAUUUCAUACAAUGUGUUUUGAGGGAGAUUUUAAACCAUAUGUAGUGCAAAUCAUUAAAUCUGGAUUAAAGACGAACAGUGUAAUCUUGUGUAUGUCAACUCAUAUGUAAGACUCAUUGAGUACAGUGGGACUGACUCCCAGGUAAGUGUUACAAAGGAUUGCAGCCUCCAUCUGUUAAAAUUAACAUGGGUUUUGUAUGAUCGUAUUUUGAUGGAUGCUUCAAGCUUUUCAGUUGGAAAUGAGAAACGCUUGGCAUUACCAUUACGGGUUGCUGUAUAGAAUCUCUGCUUGGUAUGUUGGUAGAUGGAAAAGGGUCUCUUGUCUGGAAAAAAAUGAGCUCAAAAUUCCAAAGGAACAAGAAUAAUGGUUUGGAACUGGGGCAGAAGCCCUAAAGGAAAAAAAAAUCACAGCUCUAGUUCAGUAGUUAGGAAGAAUUA